UAAACACCAUUCACCACGUUUGACACGCUUAUACCGUCCGACCCAGAUGCCGUCCGCUUUUUUCCAGGAACAUGAGCCCUUUUUCGAGUUUAAGUCAUAUACUGAAAAUGAGGACUUCCUUGUUGAGGGGAAGCCAGAGCCCAGCAGCCGUUCCCAAACCUUGAUCGUUCGUCUUGCAAACCUCAGCUGGUGGGUCAAGGUGACUCUCAGAGGCGAAACCCUCCGUGUAACGGAGAGGCAGGCCACCGAGCAGGUCGGAAAGCAAAAGACCUUAAAACGACAGAGGCGCAAAGAGUACCAGGACUUCAUCAGCCUUAUCGAUUUCAGAUCUCUUCCACUUCUCGAUGACACAGUCAGUGAGGUGAUAUUAGAAGAAUCAAGCGAUCGAUCUGAUGCCACAGUGAAAAUACGUGGAACGGCGGAACUCGCCGUUAGUCCAUUUGCAAACCUCUCCAGGAAACUGAAAUACACUGUCCGGGAAGAUCCGUCGAGAGUCAUUUAUCCUCUACGUGAUGAAUUUCCUUCUCUUAGGACGUUCGAAGUCACCGAGUUACUUGAGCAAACGGAGAUCACAGACGGUGUUUUCCGCGUUAUCGGAGCGCAUGACAAGACGCCAUACAUUCUUAAGGUUGUCAAUCGGCCCUUUUACCAGCCGCAUGACACAGAAGUCAUUCGCACCGAGCUCAGAAAUUUAAUAUAUUUCCAAGGAAAACCGAACAUUGUCCAACCAGCUGGUAUUGCGGUGUUCCCCAAUCCUUAUGCGACGUCAGAUGUGACAGAACAGCCUUUGGUUAUAUUUGGCAUUCUCCAGGUAUUCUACUCUGGUGGUUCUUUACAAAACCUAUUCGAUGAGGGUCACCUGCAUGAACAUCCAUGGGGACGUUGGACUACGCAAAUUGCUGCUGCAGUUAACUGCUUGCAUGAGGCAGGGAAAACUCACAUGGAUAUCAAGCCAUCAAAUGUCGUUAUUGACGAAAACGGAAACGCGGUGCUGAUUGAUAUCAGCGGCGUUGGCGGAAUCACUCAUGAAUGGCGCGCCCCUGAGAUCCGAGACGAGAUAUCACCCGGUAAUCUCUCAUUUGAGGUGCGGCGGCUGAACGACACAUGGGCAUACGGGAAGCUUUUGUCGGAAAUCGUAUCGCAUGGAGGAAGCAGUCCGUUUUCAGAAGCAUUGGAUCAGGUUGUUGCUUGCCUUACAAGGGAAGAUACAGUGGCCCGCAUGACUCUUUCCGAAGCCAUUUCACGCCUAAGGACUUCUGGUAUUGAUAGAACAUGCAGUAUAUACAAGAAGCACAAAUACAGUCAUGGCAAUGGCAGAAUAUAAUCUUCCGCUGUUGCCAUAACCGAUGCCCAUGAUCGGCUCAAUAGUCAUCCCAAUCAAUAUCGUCUUCAUCGAAUCCACCAUCCGUUCUGAGGCCGGGACCCUCCCUCUUAAGGUUUGGUUUCUGGUCGCAUCCACUUAUGCCACAGUACGGAGUGCCGCUUGUGGAAGCGUCUUCGGUAGUCCCACUGGCGCAUACUUUCUUUUUGGAUUUCGCAUCUUUGCAUGGUUUUUUGAGUGAUUUGUGGUAGUGACCACAAUUAUGCACCCUAACUCUGAAGCUGCACAUUGCAAUAGGCAAUAGUAGAUGGGUUCCGACAGUACUCCAGGUC